AGCCGCAACGAUGUGAAGCCUUUCCGGUGCUGAGAAUUUUAUGGAUUGACGAUUUCUGACAAUGAUGAUUCUCAGUGCUGAUCAAAAGAGUGUUUGCAGUAAUCUUUUCUAGGCAUCGCAUGAUCUCCAUUUGUUUUCACUUUUGUUUAGACCGGUAGAUGGAAACGAGAAUGCUCGUGUGUAACCAAGGAAGAAGGCAAUAAUAUUUAGAAAUUUAUGUUGGUGGACUUAUGAAACUGGAUUACAGUCGGUGGGUGUAGAAGUUUCUGGUAUCGUUAGCAUGAGUUUUUGCGGCCUAGGUAAAUUACCUGCAAUAUAGGCCGUGUGUGUGCAUUUGUACAUGACCUUGCUUAUGCAAGCGACAGUGGACCAUGAAGAAACAACGCAGACGUUCGGCCACCAUGAAGGUCCCUUUUUAAUAAUAAAUGGAUUUCUUUGGUACCGAACUUAAUUUUCUUGUCUGCCCGAGCGGAUUUCAAGAAAUGUUGUCGGCUGCUUGAACCACCGUGCUGGAGAGUUGUUUUGGAAAAAACUUCGGCCUGUCUUUUCGCAUAUUUUCACUGUUUGCCUGUGGCAAAUCCCCAGCGAGUCCCGUGGACAAAAUUCUUUUUUAGAAGCUGCCUUAUAAUUGGAGAUUUUUCUUGCGCUGUCAGUCGGAAGAGUUUAUAAUUGAUAGACUAAACUUGCUGGUUUUUAUUUUCAUCGAAUUUUGAUCGCGAAAUGGCAACAGAGUCGGCUAGGCUUUCGCCGAGGGUUAGUCGCUGUAAUGGAAGCAGCAGUCCGGAGCAAGGAAGCCCUCGAAAUAAUAAUGAACAGUCGUUGCAUAUUUUAGUUGAGCCUCAACGUGAUGGACAGACGAACAUGAUAACUUUGGUGAGCCCAUUGAGUGGACAAAUAUUUUCACAAUACAUGGCACAAAAUGGUGCAUGCAUUGAGAUUCAACCAGGCCUUGUUUUUAGAGUACCUUACCCGCAAGAACAUUCGUAUGCUCCAUUCCCACCUCAGCAAUUCCAGCAAGCUCCGUUUAACCCAAAUGCCAUUCCUUAUGGAGUACAGGUUCCAGGAAAUUUGUUCAUGCAAAGGGGCCUGUCUGGCCCUAUUGAAAGCCACAGCCCCCAUUGUCAGUUGCAUGCUCAGUCGAGUGCCUCGAAUGGAUAUUUACAAAACCCCGAAGAAGGACGUGGAGAUAGACGAAGGGAAAACCCCCCAAGAAAAUUAAGAGAUAAACAAGCCCAAGGCUGUAAUUGCUACGUUGGUUCUUAUAAUCAUUCCCCGAAAAUGUCAGCAGGUUCAAAAUAUAAUUCCAGACGUGAACCGAAAAUGAAUGGCCCUGGAUCAUCGGAGCCAAUGCCUUCUGAAAACGGAGGCGAUGCAAGUGACUCGGAUGCCGUUGAAGCGAAUAACGACAUUCCAGUAUUGGCAGCUCCAACUGCCACUGCAAGAGAUGCAAGAACAAUCAACAUGUCUUGGGAAGACUGCGUCACAAAUAAUAGUCACCUUACAGACUGUAUAUUUGAACUCGAAAUGUCAUCGAAGGGCGGGGCAUUUAGAGCCAUUUACUGUGGAAAUGCAGUUGAAUAUCUGGCAGAUGGUUUAAGCCCAGCGACCGAGUACACCUUCAGGCUUCGUGUCAUAAUCGAUGGGAAAAAAGGAAGAUAUUCUGAGGUGGCCACUGCAGCAACCCCAAGCACAACCCCGAGUGCUCCAAAUUUGCCAAAAGUGACACAGAAGACCAAGACAAGUUUGCUUGUUAAAUGGAGUGCUCCGUAUGAUGGUGGAUCUGCAAUUACUGCAUAUUCCCUUCAAUGGAACGGAGGUAAGCCGCAAGCAGAUUUUGAGGAGGUGUACAAUGGACCAGAACGGCAACACAAAUUGGCACACAAGUUGCCCCCCAGUACACCAUGUAAAUUUCGUCUCCGGGCCUGUAAUGUAAACGGAUGGAGUGGUUACAGUAGAAUCCUCGAAUGCAUGACAAGCGCUUGCCCGCCGGAUGCCCCUGAACCGCCGCAGCUUGUCAAGGCAACAUCAACAACACUUUCCUUGCAGUGGACUCAACCAAAAGAUAAUGGAGCACCCAUUACUGAGUAUCGACUAGAGAUGAACGAUGAAACUUUGGACUACGGUUUUAAACCAGUAUUCUGUGAGGACAAAAGAGAAUUCACAUGUUCCGAUCUACUACGCGAUACAGCCUAUAAGUUUAGGCUGAGUGCGUCAAACAUUAGCGGCACAAGCAAGUACAGUCAAAUCGUCUCUUACAAAACGCUCCCAAAAGUACCAACAAAAAUAGACAAACCGCGGCUCGUUGGCAAAGCGAAGACCCAGGGUUUCACAGUUUGCUGGGACCCACCACGAGAUACAGGAGGCCCUGAGAUUGAUUGUUAUAUUGCUGAAAUUUGUGAUGCAAAAGGAGGUGAAAUUUUCGAAGAUUACAAAGACAUCAAGGCUGAGUAUACAGCUUCGGGUCUAAAGCCCGGGCAUACCUACAAAGUGCGUGUGUACGCUGUUGGCGUAGGUGGCCGAAGUGAGCCUUCCCCAUUUUUACACGUCACCACCCUGCCAGUUUGCCCUUGCAAACCCGAGCCACCAAGACUGUCAACUCGUUUUAAACAAGAACCAACAACAAUUCAUAUGGAUUGGGACUCACCAAAAGAUGAUGGUGGCUCCCCAAUAUUGAAUUACAUUUUACGUAUGGGCUGGCCUAAUGACGAAGGGCGUCAACAUGAGAAUAUAUACGAAGGGCAGAAAAGGCAAUAUUCAGUAACGGGCUUGAAGCCUGGAGAAAAAUAUCUUUUUAAAUUGUGUGCCACUAACAAGGCAGGGACGAGUCCGUGGUCUGACUUUGCAGAACUGUGCACGGCUCCAGGCCCCCCUGACGCACCACAUGACGUAACAUGCACAUGCAAGUCGGCGACUCACGUAAAACUGGAAUGGCGGGAGCCUGAAACCCAUGGGACAUCGGUGACAGGAUUUAUCGUUGAGCAAUUGCUGGAUGAUUCUUUUGUGAAGGUGUACGAAGGCGUGAAUAAUUCUUGCGAAAUAAAACGAGGACUCCACCCAGCUUCUUAUUAUUAUUAUAGAGUUCAGGCACUGAGUAAUGCUGGCCCAAGUCCACACAGUGGUGUCUGUACCGUUAAGACUCUCCCCUCUUCGCCGCUGGCUAUUACCUACGUAAAAGUACUUGAUCAAACAUCGAGUUCAGCAUUGUUACAAUGGAAACACCCUCAUGACAAUGGUGCCACUAUCACCCAGUAUGUUUUGGAAGUAACAGGUGGAACAAAUUUCAGUGUAACGGUACCAGUGGCAAUGCAAAGUACUACUGAUCUGUCGGAAAGAGCUUCUGUCGAUGAUGACGAUGCUUCUCUUGAUGAUGACGUUGGAAGUCAUUUCAGUUUCCGUGACGAUGAAAGGUCAAAAGCGUCGAAUGAAAGUCGCAGUCAGGAGUAUAUGGAGCAUGAGGUAGCCGGAUUGCUGGCGGAUACGGCCUAUAGGAUACGCGUCCAAGCCAUCAAUAAAAUCGGAUCUAGCCCAUUCAGCCAUUCUGUUCAGCUUGUGACAAAAGAGUUGCCCCCAAGCCCUCCAAAUCUCGACCUUAUAUCAUCUUCAUAUCAAAGCAUCAAACUCAAAUGGGGAGAGUCAGCCUCUCCAAGGAGAAACAAUCUUGGUCUUAACUUCACUCUACAAAUGCAAAGCGGCUCCGGGUCGUUCGUAAAUGUCUUCUCUGGAAUGGCCCAGUCAUUUUCUGUCAGCAAGCUAAAGGAACUAUCGCCAUACACUUUCCGCAUCAGUGCAAGCAAUGAUGCGGGUGAUGGCUCCUUCUCAGACCCAAAAACUUUCUAUACCAAGGCGCAGCCACCGUCUGUUGUCAAAGACUUUGCCUGGAAGAGAAUUUCCUCAACUUCAGCAAAACUGUCUUGGCAAGCAAACAAUCCAGUGAGGUCUGACGAUGAAACUCAUUAUAUUGUACAGAAGAUGCGGGUUGGUCAUUCCAAAGAUUUUUCUGAGAUUUACAACGGGCCGAAAACGGAGUUCACUGCCACGCAGCUAGUGCCAGAUCAGGAAUACCAUUUUCGAAUUUGCGCAGUGCGUUUCAUUGAUGAUGCUUUGCGUAACUCUGCACCAAAUACUCCUGCGCAGAUUAAAGGACAAUUUAAUAACACACUGAGGGCCCGUUUCCCUGUCGAAACAGCAGUGGACGCGACAAAACAACGCACUAGUGAUGAAACCCUGAAAGAUGAAGACAUUAAAAAGGAAAUGUCCGACACACAGGUGUCAUUGAUAAUUUUAUUAUUCUUCCUCAUAAUCGGUAUCAUUUUCGCACUAUCAGUUUGGUUCCUAAUAGGAGAAAUUCAUUUUUAGUUGAGAGUAUAUAGUUAGAAUUAUUACAUAUCAAAUAUUAAUUUGCAGAAUAAUUUUUAACCAGAUUGAUAUGAUGUCUGGAUUGUACCGAAAAAUAACAAAGCCCCUAAUGAUGCUAUUGUUAAUCGAAGCAUUUUUAUAAGAAUUUUAAAAAAUUUAAGGGUCACAAUUUAAGCAUUUCCUUUAAUAAAAAAAGAUGUUUUAUUCUGUAAAGAAAAAUUCAUUUAAAACACGGCGCUGACAAAAAUCAGCCUUGAAUUCAUGUUUUCAUAAAGAGGCCGGGCUUUUCUGGCUUCCGGGUUUAGCUAUCCUCAAAUCUGGCUAAGAAAAAUUCUCUGCAACUGCGCCGACCGGUAUACAGUAAUUUUCAGAUAUUAUUCGUAAAUAUGAUCUUGAAAAAUUUUAGUAUAGCAUACACAAGACCGCGAAGCUUCGUCGUUUCGCCAUAUAUAUAGAUGUAAUUCAGCGUCGUUUUCGAAACGACUAUUAACUUGAUUUCUAUUUUUAAUUGACAGUAUUUUACCGUGUCGCAUUAUGAUGUAACUCAAAUAUACCACACGAGAAUUAACUUGUAUUUAUCAGUGAUAAUAUGGCGCAAUAUAUCGAUAAUUGCUUUGUUUAUUUCUUUGGUAAUAGUGGGGUAAGUUCUCAACUUAAAUAUUCAAUAGAAGUUAAAUGAGAACUAAGUUAUUUUCAGAAUAUUAAUAUUUUGUAGCUUCUGCUUUCAGUCCAUAUGUAGAGACUUUCAAAUACGCAGACAAUUAAUCGAACCCAGAUCUCCGCAACUUUUUCAAUCAGGUAAAUACAGACGGUAAUGUCGAAAGCCACCUUUUAAGUAGGUUAGAUUAACGUAUAUUAACUUAAAACAAUGUCUUUCGUCCAAUAAGGCAUCGGGUAUGUGUUGGGAUGACAGCUGGGCAGAAGGCCCUAGUAAAGUGAUGGGUUAGCAAUAGUUAUUUCCUCUGCUAAUAAAAUUCUGAUUCCCAGAUUUCUUUGUUAUGUUUCUAGCUAUUCUUGUAUGUCGAUAGUGAUUUGACGAAGUUUUUGCAUCGAUGAAAUAUCAAAUUACCUAGCAUAGACUAAAAAAGCUUAUGAAUGACCGAUGUUCGUGAGAAAUGUAGAACGUUGCUGGAAAACACUUUGGAGUUUUUCUGUCAAGCAUAGGUAGCAGCUCUAGAACGCUGCAAGUAUGUAUUCAUAUAUCAUAGAUACUGACCAAGCUUAUUGUUUUACGUUCUUGGGUUUUAUUUAUUCCUGUUAUCCAAGUUUUACUAUAGGAUUUUCUUUAGGCACGGCAUCUCGUUUUAUAAUAGCAUUGAACCAAAAACUCUUCACAAUAUGAAUACCCCCCCCCUCCCUUAAGGUUAAAUUUCAGGAUUUGAGGGAAUCAGGGAUAAAUACCAACUAAGGGACUGAUAUUUCUUUGUUAUGCCAUGAAUGAAACAGCAAAGCAUGCUUUAUUUUCACGUAAUUUUAAUGUGACCCCUGCAAUGAAGUGGGUUAUCUCUACUUAGCCGUCGUUUUGCGUUUAGAAAGGGUAGUCAGAUUCAGGCUCAUGAUGAAUCAGAUAGAUUUGAAUACAAUAGCUUUUACCAGAUGAACAAGGAUGUUUUGUGUUCACAAGGUGGGAGUAAUAAAUUGCAGGAUCAAAUUGUAUUACACCCAGAACGCACAUAUACAUGGCUAAAGAGUAGUCACUGGAAACUGAUUUUGAAUCAUCGAAAGCAUAAUUGAUCUUGCUCUUCUGCUGCUUUGAUAGAUAUAACCUUUAUCAGUUUCAAUCAAAGCAUUAGACCAUUUUGUCUAUAGUCUGUUCACAUUUCCUUUAGUUAUCUGUUGUUGUUUUUUUUCCAGUAGCUAGGUUAUAUUACGGUUCGUAGAUUUUGUUCGUUAUUCUACGAGAUUAAGGUUCUGUAGGCCUAUUAAGUAAGCUCAAUCAGGUUCUAGUAAUUCAUUUGGCUUAGUUUUUCUCCCAACCAGUCAAAGUCCAAACCCUCAAGCGACCCUUCUCAAUGUGCCAUGCAUCUUAAGAUUUUUUCGGCAUUUUAAAGUAUUAUUAGUCAUUAUAAGAAUAAUAGCGCUAGGUAGAUAGAGAAUCCCAUUCAGGUCCACCCAAACAUUAUUACCUUCAAGCAAGUGCAGUCCAUUUAACCAAAUUUGGAGACAAAAGCUCGCAGAUACACAUACCAUUUUUCCUUUCCCCUGUUAUUCAACACACCAUUGGUUUACUGUCAAGUUGUGCCUCCAGAUACUCUACAAUCGUUUUCUAAUAUCGAUUGAAUUUAUGUCUAUAUAUAAAUAUGUAUGAGGUAUGUACUAUAUGUCAUUUCAUUAUACACAUGUAUACUCUACUGUUCAAAGGUAUGAUUUAGUUUUGGAGUUGGGUUUUAGAAUGAGCAUCGAUAUCAAAUAGAAGAACUUAUUAGUAAAUGGUUAACUAUCGCUGAAAACUGAUAAAGUAAUAGAUGGCAAAUGAUCACA